UGACUGAAAAAACAAAAGACAAUGAUACAAUGUGUUGCGGUAAGACCAAAACAUAUAAUUCUGAUGAUGAGGUUUGCUGUGGAGGAAUCAAUCCACAGCCAAAAUAUGGAGACAAUACUAAGUGCUGUAUGCUUAGGAGUUACAACGCGGAUACACAAGUAUGUUGCGACAAAGAUGUUGUCGAUAAAAAAGAUAAUGAUGAUGAUCAUUGUUGUGGAAACUCAACGUACGACAGUAUAAACGAAAUAUGCUGCGAGGGUGUCGCGCAGCCAAAGAAAGGUGGACCUUUUACUGACUGUUGUGACAAGAAAAGCUUUGAUAUAAUGUCUGAGUUAUGUUGUGACGGAGAAGUUAUAACGAAAGUUGAUCUUAGUCAUGAUGAAUGCUGCGGAAAAAGCUCUAUGGACUCAAAGGACGACAUAUGUUGUGAGGGUGUUACAAACAAAGGAUAUGGAAGAAAUGGAAAAUGCUGUGGUUUGGAGAGUUACAACAUGAGAAAUUCAGUUUGCUGUAAUGGAAAUAUUGUUCAGAAAGCCAGUCCCGAAGAUACCGGCUGUUGUGGUGACAGUACUUUCAACUAUGAGACAGAAGUGUGCUGCUUGGGUGUAACAAAUGAUUAUUACGGGCCACGUACUGGUUGUUGCCUAGAUAAGAGUUACAACAGAAGUGAAUCAAUCUGCUGUGAUGGAACCACUGUGACAGCUAAACUUGAUGAAAAUGACAACUGGUGUUGUGGCAAUAAACCUUUCAAUUCAAAGAAGGACGUUUGCUGUGAAGGCAAUAUACAACCGAAGUAUGGGGGAAACACUCAAUGCUGUCACGAGGUAAGCUUCAAUUCAAAUUUGUCGUUAUGCUGUGGACGAACCAUCAUGACAAAAUAUUCACCCGAUGCCGACAUGUGUUGUGGAAACACUACAGUUGAUAUGAGUAAAGAAAUAUGCUGUGAAGGUGUUCCAAGAUUGAGAACAGACGGUGAGUUUACGUCGUGUUGUAAAGACAAAAGCUACUCUACAAUGUCGCAACUCUGUUGUAAUGAAGGUGACGUGAGAAACAAAAAGAGGGUUGAUGAUAGAGAAUGCUGUGGAACUAAAAAAACAUUUAACCCAGCUAAAGAAAUUUGCUGUAACGGGGAAGCUUAUGAUGUAGGAGGUGUCGACAGCGCUGGAUGUUGCGACGGUAAAGGCUACAAUAUUGAAACACAUAUAUGUUGCAUAGAUAAAAUUGUUCCACGUGGAGAUGAAGGCAAUAACUGGUGCUGUGAUGAUGUUCCAUUCAACACUGCUACACACAUAUGUUGUAAUGGAAAUGUUGAUGAAAGAAAAGGGGGUGAAAUGGCAAGAUGUUGCUCACAAGACAGUUUCAACUCCGAAACCCACAUAUGUUGCGACAAGAACGUGACUGAAAAAACAAAAGACAAUGAUACAAUGUGUUGCGGUAAGACCAAAACAUAUAAUCCUGAUGAUGAGGUUUGCUGUGGAGGAAUCAAUCCACAGCCAAAAUAUGGAGACAAUACUAAGUGCUGUAUACUUAGGAGUUACAACGCGGAUACACAAGUAUGUUGCGACAAAGAUGUUGUCGAUAAAAAAGAUAAUGAUGAUGAUCAUUGUUGUGGAAACUCAACGUACGACAGUAUAAACGAAAUAUGCUGCGAGGGUGUCGCGCAGCCAAAGAAAGGUGGACCUUUUACUGACUGUUGUGACAAGAAAAGCUUUGAUAUAAUGUCUGAGUUAUGUUGUGACGGAGAAGUUAUAACGAAAGUUGAUCUUAGUCAUGAUGAAUGCUGCGGAAAAAGCUCAAUGGACUCAAAGGACGAUAUAUGUUGUGAGGGUGUUACAAAGAAAGGAUAUGGAAGAAAUGGAAAAUGCUGUGGUUCGGAGAGUUACAACAUGAGCAAGUCAGUUUGCUGUAAUGGGAAUAUUGUUCAGAAAGCCAGUCCCGAAGAUACCGGCUGUUGUGGUGACAGUACUUUCAACUAUGAGACAGAAGUGUGCUGCUUGGGUGUAACAAAUGAUUAUUACGGGCCACGUACUGGUUGUUGCCUAGAUAAGAGUUACAACAGAAGUGAAUCAAUCUGCUGUGAUGGAACCACUGUGACAGCUAAACGUGAUGAAAAUGACAACUGGUGUUGUGGCAAUAAACCUUUCAAUACAAAGCUGAACGUUUGCUGUGAAGGCAAUAUACAACCGAAGUAUGGGCGAAACACUCAAUGCUGUCACGAGGUAAGCUUCAAUUCAACUUUGUCGUUAUGCUGUGGACGAACCAUCGUGACAAAACAUUCACCCGAUGCCGACAUGUGUUGUGGAAACACUACAGUUAAUAUGAGUAAAGAAAUAUGCUGUGAAGGUGUUCCAAGAUUGAGCACAGACGGUGAGUUUACGUCGUGUUGUAAAGACAAAAGCUACUCUACAAUGUCGCAACUCUGUUGUAAUGAAGGUGACGUGAGAAACAAAAAGAGGGUUGAUGAUAGAGAAUGCUGUGGAACUAAAAACACAUUUAACCCAGCUAAAGAAAUUUGUUGUAACGGGGAAGCUUAUGAUGUAGGAGGUGUCGACAGUGCUGGUUGUUGCGACGGAAAAGGCUACAAUAUUGAAACACAUAUAUGUUGCAUAGAUAAAAUUGUUCCACGUGGAGAUGAAGGCAAUAACUGGUGCUGUGAUGAUGUUUCAUUCAACACUACUACACACAUUUGUUGUAAUGGAAAUGUUGAUGAAAGAAAAGGGGGUGAAAUGGCAAGAUGUUGCUUACAAGACAGUUUCAACUCCCAAACCCACAUAUGUUGCGACAAUAAUGUGAUUGAAAAAACAAAAGACAAUGAUAACAUGUGUUGCGGAAACUUAACGCUUGAUUCAACUAUCGAAGUUUGUUGUAUGGGAACAACCCCACAGCCCAGAAUCGGCGGGGACAAAGUCCAGUGCUGCUUUGAAUUAAGCUUUGGUCCAGAUACUCAUAUGUGUUGUGGAAAAGACGUCAUUGAAAAGGAAAAAAGAAAAGAUGAUUGUUGUUGUGGCCAUAAAUCAAUGAACUCUGAGGAUGACAUUUGCUGCCUUGGUGAAAAACAACCACGUGCUGCUGGAGAAUUUACCUCAUGUUGUGAAGAAACGAGUUACGACUCUAGAGAGACUAUAUGCUGCGAUGGAAUGGUACGAACAAAAUAUGGCUCAGAAGAUGAUGCUUGUUGCGGGGACGAAUCUACAGUGGACUCCAAGAGUGAAAUGUGCUGUGAUGGUGUCUCAAACAGACUUGUUGGUGGCAAAUACACGGACUGCUGCGGUAACAAGACAUUUGACAGUCAAACCGAAAUGUGCUGUUAUGGUAAAAUUAUAGAGAAAGUGGACAAUGAUAAUAAUUGUUGCUGCGGAUCAACAACGAUGAACACAGAAACCCAGAUUUGCUGCAUGGGAGUACCACAACCUGUGGUUGGGGGUGAUGCAGCAAGAUGUUGUUAUGACAAGAGUUACAAUUCAGAUGAAGGGAUAUGCUGUGAUGCAGGAGACAUAAGAGAUAAAGAAAAACCGGAUCACGAUUGGUGUUGCGGUUCAUCAACCUUCAAUAUCAAGUCCGGUAUAUGCUGCAAUGGUGUCCCACAAGAUAGAAAAGGGGGUAAAAACACAAAAUGUUGUGGAACAGAAAGCUAUAACUCUGAAACAACUUUCUGUUGUGAUAUGAAAAUUGUUCAAAAGAGGGACAAAAACGAUGAUUGUUGUUGCUGCAAUAUGACUAUCCAAUCAUCUAAGGAAGUGUGCUGUGAGUGUGAACCUCAACCAAGAUACAGAGGUCCAACAACAUGCUGUGGAAAGCAAAGUUACAACACAAAAAACCAACUUUGUUGUUUUGGUAAAGUUGUUGACAAAAACAAACCCGCAGACGACGGGUGUUGCGGCGAUUCCACCGUCGAUGCUGAAACAGAGACCUGCUGCAUGGGUGUGCCUCAACCAAUACGUAAUAAAGAUACAACGAGAUGCUGUGAGAGAGAAAGCUACGAUAAUCGAAAGGAAAUGUGUUGUGAAGACAAAGUAGUGCAAAAGAAUAGCCAAGCAGAUGAAUGGUGCUGCGGAGAUCAGCCAUAUAAUACUAGAAAGCAAAUAUGCUGCCAUGGGUCCGUCGUGCAACCGUCUUAUGGCGAUAGUACACACUGCUGUGGUGACAUUUCUUACGAAGCAAAUACACAGAUUUGCUGCGAUUCAGGCUUAUUUAACAAAACGGAUGAUGAGGAUAACUGGUGUUGUGGAGAUACGUCAUAUAACACGGAAAAACAAGUGUGUUGCCAGGGAAAGUUUGUGGCAGACAAGGUGGCUGGUUCUUCAACCCGCUGUUGUGGACGCAUGAGCUUCAAUCCAAGAAAACAGCUAUGCUGUGAUGUCGAUGUUGUUGAUAAAACGGAUGAUGAUGAUGAUAGUUGUUGCGGCAAGGGUACGAUGAAUGCAGAAGAUCACAUUUGCUGCCAUAAAAAGAGAUUUGAUCGAAGAAGUAAAAGUAUGGAGUGUUGUGAUGAAAUUGCGUACGACACAUAUACACAAAUAUGUUGUGCACCAAAUCACGUACAAAAUAAAAGUCACGAGGAUGAUAACUCUUGCUGUGGUGAAUCAACAUUUAAUACAAAGCGGGGCGUUUGCUGUGACAAAAAUCCUCAGCCAUCAUUUGGAAAGACAACGAUUUGCUGUCACAAGAGAAGUUAUGAUUAUUCAAUACAAAUCUGCUGUGGAGAUGAUUUACGAAAUAAGAGAUUAUCGUCAGAUAAUUGUUGUUGCGGAAACACCACUAUGACGACCGGUCUACACAUAUGUUGUGAGGGUAUACCAGGUAUAGGAACACACUGUUGUGGCGAGAUUGCAUAUAUUGCUAAAGACUACGUGUGUUGUGAUACUGGAAAACUUCGAGGAAAAGAAAAUCCAAAAGACAACUACUGUUGUGGAAAGGAAGAAACAUACAACACGAAAACACAUAUAUGUUGUCUUGGAAAGGUAUUUUCAAAUAAAAGUGACGAAAUGAUGUGUUGUGGCGAUGUUGGUUAUGAUGCUUCGACCCAUAUUUGCUGCCAGGGUACUCUGAUUAAAAAGUCCAAGAAUAGCGAUGACACAUGCUGUGGAAGUACACCCAUGACAGAACGAACCGAAAUAUGUUGCAACAAGCAAGUUUAUCCUGGAGGAAAAUACCAUACCUGUUGCGGAGAUAUGAGUCUUGACACAAAAAACGAGCUUUGUUGUGAUGGUAUUGUGUUUCUUAAAACCGAUCAGAAAGAUGAUUGUUGCUGUGGAAACAAGACAUUUAAUACCCAAUUACAAAUCUGCUGUGAGAAAUCUGUAAGAGAUCGGUAUUCUGCUAGAGAUAAGUGCUGUAAGGAUGAGAAUUAUAAUCCAGUCUCACAUUUAUGUUGUGAUGGAGAAAUGAAAAUUAUUGAGAAGAACGCCGAAGACGAUAACUGUUGUUGUGGCAGAUGGGCAAUGAAUACGGCACGCCACAUUUGUUGCCAGGGCAAGAACGUUCAGGACAGGGUUGCUGGAAAUAAAACAGUGUGCUGUGUAAAUAAGAGUUUUGAUCCUAAAGGAUACUUGUGUUGCAACAUGAAACUUGUGAAGAAGGAAAAUAAGGAUGAUAACUGUUGCUGUGGCAAUGCGCCAUUUAAUUCAGAUGAACAGCUCUGCUGUGAUGGUCUAUAUGUGCAGCCCGGAGGAAACAGGACACAGUGUUGUGACGAAAUCAGUUUUGAUCCAAACAUGCAUGUUUGCUGUAAUAGGAAAUUGGUACAGAAGAGAGGAAAGAAAGACGAUGGUUGUUGUGGAAAAGGAACGAUCGAUGCUGAAACGGAGAUUUGUUGCGAUACAAAAGCACAGCCACUCGUUGCUGGUGUCGAGUACACUUCUUGCUGCUUCGGUGAAAGCUUUGAUACCCGCUCUUAUCUUUGUUGCGAGGAAGGCGUAAGAGAGAAACGCAACAAACGUGACGACUGCUGCUGUGGUAAUUCAACGUUUGAAACACGGCGGGGAGUUUGCUGCAAUGGAAAUCCUUAUACAAAGUCCUCAGUAGAUGAAGACGCAAAUUGCUGUGGCGAUGUUGGUUACAACACAGCAAUGUUUAUGUGCUGUGAUAAGGGACUAGUACCGAAAAACGACGCUUCAGAUAACUGUUGUUGCGGCAAUACCACGAUGGAUACACGGAAGGAAAUAUGUUGUAACGGUGUUCCUCAACCACUUACGGGCGAUAUUACACUUUGUUGUGAUAUGCGUAGUUAUAAUUCAAAAACUAAAGUAUGCUGUGAUGGUUUUGAUCUGAUGGACUCUUCCAGCGAAGACGAUGAUUGUUGUUGUGGCAAGAAAACAUACAACACCGAAAGGCAGAUGUGUUGCGACAUGGAGGUUGUCGAAAGGAAGGGUGGCAAGUACUCUGCAUGCUGUCUUAAGAAAUCAUUUGAUACGAGAUCCGAAAUAUGUUGCAAAGAGGACGUGCGCAACAAGAUGGACAAUAAAGAUGAUUGUUGUUGCGGAGAAAAUAGUACGUACAAUACAGGAACUCAAAUAUGCUGCGAUGGAAUGCCUCAAGAUGUCGAUGGUAAUGUGAACGACGGGUCAUGUUGUGGCCCAUAUGGCAUGAACACGAAGAGACAACUAUGCUGUGAUAUGAAAGUAAUAGAUAAAGAACAUCAAAAUGACGACUGUUGCUGCGGUAAUUCAACCUUCGAUGAAAGAACUGAAGUAUGUUGUGAAGGUGUAGUACAAGAAAAGGUUGGAGGUUCGAAGACACGGUGUUGUGUAAAGAAGAGUUAUGAUCCAGAUUCACAUCUAUGUUGUGACGAUCAAAUCAGAAGGAAAGAUAAACCGGAUGAUACCUGGUGCUGCGGGGAAGGCAGUUUUAACACGCAGAAUGACCUAUGUUGUAAUGGUCACUCUCAACCUGCAGACAACGGUAGAACUAGAUGUUGUGGCGAUAUAAGUUAUAACCCAAAAGAACAAAUAUGUUGUGAUUCCAACGAGGUUAACGAUAAACCCCACCAAGAUGACAAUGCAUGUUGUGGCGAUAGUUCAUACAAUACGAGAAAAGACAUUUGUUGCGAGGGUGUGCGGCAACCAAAAUCUGUCCAAGAUACCGGAUGUUGCAAAAAUGUUAGCUAUGAUCAAGAUACACAACUUUGUUGCGACAGUAGCGUUGUCAACAAGACUUUGAGAGGUGAUUAUGUAUGCUGCGAGAAGCAGUCACUCAAUCCAGAUACACACAUUUGUUGCAUUGGCAAAGUACAAGUAAGGACUGGGAGUAAGACUGAAUGCUGUGGUGAUGUUGCUUACGACACCGAUGAAAUGAUAUGUUGUGAUGUUGAUCGACUGUUAGUCAAGAACCAUGCAAACGAUGACGUCUGCUGUGGCAACGAAACUUACGAGGCAGACAAAGAACUCUGCUGCCACGGGAAUUCAAACAAAAUAUUAACAGACGACAAAAUGGACACGCGUUGCUGUUCGAAAAAGAGUUACAGUAUCUAUGAAAACAUCUGUUGUGAUGGAAUGCUAUUUGAUCUACCGGGUGUAUACGGUAUGUCUGAUUGUUGCAAUGGAAAACCUUAUAACCGCAAAACACAUAUUUGCUGUGCUGAUGAGAUUCGGGAGAAGAAAAAUGCCGACGAUAUGCUUUGCUGUGGAAAAACAACGUACAAUCCAGUUACUGAGGUUUGUUGCACAUACGAAGGAGAGGAAACACCACAACCAAUCAAGAACCCCAAGGGUAACACACGGUGUUGUGCAGGCAAGAGUUACGAUGCAGAUAUUGAUAUGUGUUGUGACGGAGUUAUUCAGCACGCAUGGGUUGGUCCGUUAACCAGAUGCUGUGGCAUUCGUAGCUACAAUCCAGAGAAAGGGUUGUGCUGCGAUGGACAAGUGAUCAAGAAAACAACCCACUUCGACGAUUGCUGUUGCUGUAACCGUACAUAUGACAGUUCCAGGCAGAUCUGUUGUAACUGCAACAUUGUUAAAAGUAUUAGCAGUUAUCACUCAGAGUGUUGUGGUGGAGACUGCUUUGAUCCAUUGCGGCAUCUGUGCUGCGGCGGUGUCGUACGGCCAAAGGAGUAUGGGGUUGAGUCGUAUUGUUGUGGCCCACAGGUUUAUACACCGAAACUCGGAGUGUGUUGCGGAAACUACGUAAUGUGGAAAGUUCCUGUGGAUAUGCCAUGGAAGAAAUAAAUAGUGAUGAAGGAAAAGGAGAUGCAGCAUACAAUAUAUUUUAUCAUUCGACUCCAUGUUGCUUCACCAACAAACCUGGCCGUUUCCUGAUGCGCUGAAAUGUGAAUUUGGAAGUAGUAGUUUAAGCGUAUUUUGAAUGUAGUGCGCUAUUCUAUCAACAAUCCUUAUUUAUUGUGAAACGCUGACGAAAAGGACUAGCGCCGUUUCUUCUAUGGUUCUUGUUUUUAGAUUUUGUGUUCUAUGUCUUUUGGCGUUUGCACAGUGCCACUAAACCGGGUUUAUGUUAAAAAAAUUUGCUACUGAGCUUGCUUCUGUAGCUUUUUGCAUAAAUAUUGCAUUAAAAAUGGACUUUGCUUAGCAUGUUUACUUUAUGAUUUCAUUGACAAAUAUCACAUGGUCUAGUCCUACAGCAGUAGUUUGCACUAUAGGGCCAGUGGUCAACUUUUUUAGCUUGGGGAGCAAAGGGUUUUAAGUUUGAAAUGCAUAGUUAUAUAAAAUAUAUCAAUAAAUUGAUGCUAUAUUGUG